AUGCCACGAAAAGCGCGUAAAACGCGCCAGGAAUUAAUAGAGCAAGAAGGUAGGAUCAAAUGCGCCAUAAACGAUUUAAAAAAUGGAAAAAUUCGCAAUGCUCAGGAAGCUAGCCGCAUUUAUAAUGUGCCUCCUACAACCCUACGUGAUCGGAUGAAGGGCCACCUAUCUCAACCAGAACUCCGCAACCAGAACCACAGGCUAUCUCUGCUUCAGGAGGAAGCUUUAAUAGCUUGGAUAGUAUCCCUGGAUAUACGUGGCGCCGCCCCUAGGCCCUCCCAGGUACGAGAAAUGGCGCAAAUAAUCUUGGAUGCUGCAACAUCAACUCUAUCUCUACCUAUUGGCAAAAACUGGGUUACAGAGUUCACCAAGAGGCGCCCGGAGGUUAAAACUAGGUUUGUGCGAAAGAUUAAUCGCCAAAGAGCACUAUGUGAGGAUCCUAGGAUUAUCGGUCAAUGGUUUGAUGAGCUGCAGAAAACCAGAGAUCAGUGGGGGAUUCAGGAUGAGGAUAUCUACAACUUUGAUGAAACUGGGUUUGCUAUGGGUCUUAUUGCAACAAUAAAGGUGGUUUCCAGAGCAGAAAUGCCUGGUAAACCAUGGCUAAUACAGCCAGGGAAUCGGGAAUGGGUUACCACUAUUGAAUGCAUCAAUACUAGGGGGUGGCCAAUUCCCUCUACCAUUAUCUUCAAAGGAAAAGUCCAUAUGGAGGGAUGGUUUGAUGAAGGCACAAUCCCUGGCAAUUGGAGGAUUGAAAUGAGUGCCAAUGGAUGGACUACAGAUAUAAUUGGCCUUCGCUGGCUUCAAAAAGUCUUUAUCCCGGCUACAACUGAGCGUACAAGGGGGGGGUAUCGACUUCUUAUUCUGGAUGGACAUGGAAGCCACCUAACGCCUGAGUUUGACCGUACAUGCAAGGAGAAUAAUAUUAUACCUCUUUGCAUGCCUGCCCAUUCAUCUCACCUCCUCCAGCCUUUGGAUGUUGGUUGUUUCGGACCUUUAAAAAGGGCGUAUGGCAAGCUUAUUGAGGAGAAAGGGCGCCUGGGAUACAACUAUAUUGACAAGCUAGAUUUUUUGAAAGCUUAUCCAGCAGCUCAUCAGGAAGUCUUUACAGCAGAGAAUAUUCAAAGCAGAUUCAAAGCAACUGGGAUACUUCCUUCAACUCCCAAGGCAGUACUUGAAAAAUUAAAUAUCAACCUGGGUACUCCAACCCCCCCUCCAAGCCAUGGGGGUGCUUCAAUCCCUUCAUCACAGCUUGCUACUUUGGAGAAGGUCUAA